AUGCCAAACCAGAAGAUUCUCCCUCUGCUAUCUCUCUUCUUCUUCAUUGCUACAAUCUCUCAACUCUUCCCCGAAGCCAAUUCCAGAACUUACUCAGCUGACAUUGAAGCUCUGAAGAAUCUGAAAAAUGGGCUGGACCCCAAAUCCAUAGCUCGAGGAUCUUGCCUGAGCUCAUGGGACUUCGCCGUCGACCCUUGCGACCGCCUCUUCACCGACAAGUUCACCUGCGGCCUCCGUUGCGACAGGGCGGUGCACGAUCUGUUCCGGGUCACCGAGAUCGCCCUCGACUCUGUUGGUUACUCUGGCUCGCUGUCUUCCACCAAUUGGACCAGCUUGCCUUACUUGCAGGCACUUGAUCUCUCCGACAACUCGUUUUCCGGUUCCUUGCCCGAUUCGCUCUCCGAUCUAGUCCAGCUCCGGCGACUUGGUCUCUCCCGGAACUUGCUAUCCGGGGAAAUCCCGCCUACUCUGUCCACCCUUCCUCGCCUCGAGGAGCUCUACCUCGACGGCAACAUGUUCUCGGGUCGGGUUCCUGCGAGCUUCAGCUCGCUGACGACCCUGAAGCGGGUCGAAAUCCAAAGGAACAAUCUCUCUGGCGUGUUUCCUGAUCUGGGUUCGAUGCACAGUCUCGAUUACCUCGACGCCAGCGACAACAAAUUCUCCGGCGAAUUCGGCGAUUCUGCAUUCCCGUCCGCCCUCGUCGAGAUCUCAAUGCGGAACAACAGCAUUUCGGGCCACCUGCCGAAGACCAUCGCCGAUUUGAAGUUCUUACAAGUGCUGGAUCUGAGCAUGAACCGGCUAUCCGGUCCGAUCAUCUCCGUCCUCUUCGAGCACCCUUCUCUCCAGCAAUUGACUCUCUCCCACAACGAUUUCACCUCACUGGAAGUUCCGGCGACAAUGGGGUUCGACAGCGAGCUCAUCGCGAUCGACCUGAGCGACAAUGCUCUCCGAGGGCUGCUGCCGGCGUUCCUCUGUUCGAUGCCGAAGCUUUCAGCUCUGUCCCUGGAGAACAAUAGGUUCACCGGGAUGAUUCCCGCCGCGUAUGGCGUUAAGGCUGCGGCUGCUGGGACGGAGGGCGAGUCGACGGCGUUUGAGAGGCUGCUACUGGCCGGGAAUUAUCUGGUGGGGAAGAUACCGGCGGCGAUGAUGGGGAUGAAACCAGGGUCGGGUAAUGUGAGCCUGGUGGAUAAUUGCUUGUAUAGGUGUCCUGAUGAUCUCUUCUUUUGCCGCGGUGGGGAUCAGAAGUCGGUGGUGGAGUGUAAGAGAUUUUGGCCGGUGAGGAUGAUUCCAUGA